GUUUUGCGAUUAAAUCAUUUUGUGAAGAAAAAGAUUUCAUAAAAGCUCCAUUAAAUUCAAGAGUUAUUCGUUCAUCUUUGAGUAGUGACAAUGUUGAUAAAGAACAAAAAGUAGGAACGUUCUCUUUGCAACAGCAAGAAUAUUAUAUAAUAGAAGAUUUAUUGUUUGUGAUGAUGGGCCUCGAAGGAAAGUAUAUUGAAAUGAAUUUGAUGAAAAAUAAGUCCGAAAAAGAUCAAAAGUUGGAAGGAAUUAUAUUUUCAGUAGAUGGAACGCUAGAUCCUUCUUUAAAAGAUUUGACAGAACGUGUUUUGCCUCUCGCGACAUAUUAUAUAUCUAUUGAUACUUUUAUUGAAAUACAUUCAGAAUUUGAAUAUGGAUUUGUAAGUCAUGCAUUAUGUGCAGCAAUGAGAGGAUUAUUAAAGGAAUAUCUCGUCUUAAUCACUCAACUUGAACAUCAAUUUAGAUCAUCUACAUCGUUUACUUUGCAAAAAUUAUGGUUUUAUGUGCAUCCUACACUUCAUACCAUGACAAAUAUUCAUUCUUUGAUAUUGGAAAUAAGAGAAGCCGAUAUGGAAGCGAUGGAUAAUAAUGUUCGAGAAAUUUUGAUGGUAGAUGGAUUUCCUCGGAAUGAUAAUGCACCUCAAAGGAUUAAAGGCGGUGGUAUAUUAAGUAUUUUGGUGGAUCGGAUGACAAACAUGAGUGGAGAUCCGGCUACUAAAAAGCUUUAUAUGUAUUUACUUUCCAAGUCAUCACAGCCCUAUGUUACAAUGUUACAUUCUUGGAUAUAUCAUGGAGAAAUCCGAGAUCCACAUGAUGAAUUUAUGAUUCAAGAGAAAAAACAAAUUACGAAAGAAAAUCUUAAGGUGGAUUAUAAUGAUGAAUAUUGGGAAAAACGUUAUACUAUACGGGAAAAUAUUAUUCCUCCUUUCUUGAUUUCAUUUAAGGAUAAAAUAUUAUUGGCUGGAAAAUAUAUUAACGUUGUUCGUGAAUGUGGAAUUGCCAUAAAGGAUCCACAUCAACAACUUAUAGAAGAUGUUAUUGGUAAAGAUGAUGUUGAUAGAACAGAGGUCAAUGUAAAUAAUGACGUUUUAGUAGCAAUGGAUGAAUUGAAAAAGCCAUCUAAUCAAGUUUCUCUUACUAAACUUCAAUCAUUACUUGAUUUGGUUCUUCGUAAUCCGUCUUCAGUUGCAUAUACUGAUCCCUUUAAAGAAGAUGUUAAAAUUGGAAUGAGUUCAGAGGGAUUAGUGGAUCAAUUAUUGCACAUUAUUAAUCUUGCCGGAAUGGACGUAAAUCCAACAAAUAAUCGAACUAGUCGUUUGAUGGAUACCUUUUUGAUUAGAAAAGAAAUUGGAAAAAUGGGAGAUGAAAGUGAAAAUGAAGGUUCCGAAGAUGGCGAAAGACCAGGUUACGCUGCAAGCAUUGCAGGUAGUGUAGCUAGUAGCUUAACAGGUAGCAUAAUAGGGGCUGCUCUCACAUUAGAUUAUAUUGUUACUUUUCCACUUUCACUUGUUAUUUCACGUAAAGCACUUACUAGUUAUCAAUUAUUGUUUAGACAUUUACUUCAUUUAAAACAUGUGGAACAAUUAUUGUAUAACACGUGGACAGAACAAGCAAAAUCUUUUUACUGGAGAUGUGGUUCGGCACAUCCUACUCUUGAAGCUUGGAAAAGUCGUGUCUAUGCUCUUAGGCAAAGAAUGUUGGUUUUUGUGCAACAAUUAUUAUAUUUUAUAACAAGUGAAGUAUUAGAACCACAAUGGAGAAAUCUUGAAGAUUUAUUGUCUAAGGUAUCAACCGUCGAUCAAGUAUUGAAAUAUCAUACAGAUUUUUUGGAUACAUGUCUUAAGGAAUGCAUGUUGACUAAUGCUAAACUUCUGAGAAAAUUUACGAAAAAUCUUAUUUCUCUUGAAUCUGGGUCCACUCCUUUUUCUAUUGAUCAACAAGAACGUACGAUUUACAAAUUCGAGGAUUAUUUCUUUUAUCAUAUCAAAUUAUUAAUUGAUGCUUUAAAUUUUUAUUCCGCAACAGACACAAUUCAAUUUUUAGGAUUAGUAGUUAGAUUAGAUUAUAAUCUGUUCUAUGCCAAACAUGAAGGAUCUGAAAGAGGUGACAAUUUUAACAAAUAUUAA